GAGGCGCACACACGCGAAGAACUGGGCAUGAAUGAAUCGUAUCGUUUCGUUCCUUAUAGUUUCGGUUUAGUUUGUUUCGGAAUUUACUGGUGCAAAGGAGCGGUAGUUACUGCAGCGGAAGCGCGUGUGGAGUUGCCGACGCCCUGGCCUAAACAAUAGCCACCAAUUGUGGGGGGCAGACCACACACACAAAACCAACCACAAAACGCCGAACAGCACCUGCGAAAAGACGAUGACGGGAAAGAGUGAUAAGGAGAUUCUGGCCAACUCUAUGUUCGAGGAUGACCCCAAUGGUAACUCAGCCCCCGCCGCCACGGAAGAUCAGAGUUCCAAAGAGAUCAACCAUCCCACGAAGUCGACAACGGUGACUGUUACUGUCACAUCCCCACGCUGGGGACCCCAGAAUAAAGGUGCCCAGGAGCUGGCUUCUUUAUACAGUCCAGGAAAACGUGCCCAGGAGAUCAUUUGCGUCUACACCUGUAUCUGCCUUAUGAUAAUCAACCUAGCUCUGAUAGUCCGGCACAUGCGACUGGAUAGGAUAAGUGUGGCAUUCGUACCUGCUCUAUGUGGCAUCAUUACCGCAGACUUUGCAUCAGGAUUGGUGCACUGGGCGGCAGAUACGUGGGGAUCUGUGGACUUGCCACUGAUCGGCAAGAACUUUCUCCGUCCAUUUCGAGAGCAUCACUUGGAUCCAACGUCGAUAACACGGCAUGAUUUUAUUGAAACGAAUGGAGACAACUUCAUGGUUGGCAUACCGAUCCUGGGCUAUUUGGCCCACUACUUCUACAUUAGGUCGCCGAGUGAGAUUCAACAGCAUUUUGGCUGGAUAGCCUACGUGUUUCUAUGCUCCAUAUUCGUGGCCAUGACCAACCAGAUCCACAAGUGGUCGCACACGUACUGGGGUCUGCCGAGGUGGGUGCUGUUACUCCAAAGCUGUCACAUUAUCCUGCCCCGAAAACAUCACCGCAUCCAUCAUGUGGCGCCGCAUGAGACGUACUUUUGCAUUACCACCGGGUGGCUGAACUGGCCUCUGGAACGCUUAAGAUUCUGGUCAACAUUCGAGCUUCUCAUUGAACAUUUUACGGGCCUGAAGCCGCGCGACGAUGACAUGAAAUGGGCAAAGAAACUCACAUAGGAUCGCUGCCCAACGACUGUAAAUAGAAACCUUGGACCAAGCAGCCUUACCCUAGUGGAAGUCAACUUCAACUGUUAUUAUUUUAUUGGAAUGUUUUGCACAUUGAAGUAGCUUUAAGCGAGAGCUGAUCACAUACUUGUAAAGUUAACUUAGGUGAGCAUGAGCGAAGAAUACCAUACAAAAGAAGGAUGUUUGUUGAUGGUUGGAGUGUGAUCCUUGAAAUAGAUACAACCUCUUGCAAUAUCAAGCGCGUAUAUAUUACAUUCAUUGAUCUCGUCCCAGAUUAAUCGUACUACGAGUGAGCCUUACGUAUACCUAAUUAAGAAAGUGAACAAACUGAGUCCAGCACAAGCUUGUCGGAUAACUUUUUAAAACUUUACACAAAGCAAACCAAACUACUUGAGAUAUUAGCUUAAAUGGCAACUGAUUUUUGUACCAAGAAUUUUCAAUAGCGCCGCUUUACAAUAGCUACAAACGAUGGAAACAAAUUUAUUUACAUAUAUUUAUAUAUAUACAGAGUCUUAAAUAUUAAAUAGGGGCUACAUGCAAUCAAUACCGUGACUUGACAAAUUCGCCUUAAAAACAUGUGUAUAUAUCAACACGAUUUUGGAAUAAGAUGAAUUAUAUAUAAUUUUUACAUAGAACGCACAAUUAUAGUGGAAAAGAACAAUUUACAUAUUUUUAUAAUUUGUUAAUCAAUAAUGUUUGUUACGUAGUUUACCAUCAGUUUAGGAAAUUUUAAUAAUUUAAGUAUUUUGUGAAGAGCUAAUUGCUUCUAUCAUUAGCGAAUUGUUGCACAACAAAACUUAAAAGACAGCAAUAUAAAUUGUGAUCUUAUUAAAAAAAAGUCAUACUGCUAAUUUAAA